AUGGUGAACUUUACCAGGUCAUUUGUGCUAUGUGCUUUGGGGCUCAACACCGUCGCAGCUGCCGCCUCCUACGGUCGGCUCAAGGUGUUCGAGCAAGUCACUGACGUCCCCGACGGCUGGUAUCAAGGGGCGCCAGCUCCAGCACUCGCACGUCUCAAAUUGCAUCUGUCUAUCCGCCAGGAUGACAAGCACGCUUUCCUCCAAGACCAGCUGCUGAAAAUCUCCGACCCCGAGCACGAACUAUAUGGCCAACAUUACGAUGUCCACGAGCUCAAUACCCUCUUACGCCCUGAGCCGGCAGUCUCCGAAGCUGUGCUCUCGUGGCUCGAGGAACAAAACAUUCCGGCCGCGGACAUAGAAGACAAUGGGGAGUGGAUCAAUCUCGACAUCACCGUCAUGCAGGCAGAAACCCUGCUCAGCACGACCUUCUACCUCUUCCACCACCCUCGAGACAAAAGCUGUCGCAUGCGCACCCUCCAAUACUCGGUCCCCGACACUCUCCAUCCUUACAUCCAGACGAUUCAACCGACCACGCAUUUCGCCCGUUCCCGUGCCGCCCAGCAAGCCGGUCCGACUACUGGCGCAAUCCCCGUCUACGGGUCCGCAACCAAACUGAACGCAACAUACUGCAACACCACCACCUCGCCAGACUGCAUCCGCGCUCUCUACGGCAUAGGCAACUUCCGCGCCAACGCCAGCUCCGGCUCGCGUCUGGGGAUCCCUGCGUUCGCCAGCCAGAACGUGCUCCGCUCCGACGUGGCCCUGUUUGUCGACAAGUGGGCACCGUACGCGCGCGGUGCCAACUUCUCCAUCACGUCCGUGAACGGCGGCGUCAACAACCAAUCCACGGACGCGGCCUGGGCAUCCGAAGCCAACAUGGACGUCCAAUACGGCCUGACGCUCUCGUACCCGACGCCGGUCGACUUCUACAAAGUCGGCGGCCGGGGUCCUUUGAUCCACGACCUGCAACUGCCCGACCUCCCCGGUGUGCUGGACGAGCAGGAGCCGUUCCUCGAGUACCUGCAGUACAUGGUCAACCUGACGUACGACAAGCUGCCGCAGGUGAUCAGCAUCUCCUACGGCGAGGAUGAGCAGACCCACCCACUGUCCUACAUGCUCAGCGUGUGCCAACUGUUCGCCAAGCUGGGCGCCCGUGGCGUCAGUGUGAUUACAUCUAGCGGCGACGGCGGGCCUGGGGACGGCUGCAUGACCAACGACGGGCGCAACCGCACGCGCUUCAUGCCGCAGUUCCCAGCCAGCUGUCCAUGGGUGACCAGCGUGGGCGGCACGGGCGAGGUGCAGCCCGAGAUCGCCGAGCAGCUGUCCGGCGGCGGCUUCAGCGACGUUUUCGCGCGGCCGGCGUUCCAGCAUGGCGCCGUGGAGACAUAUCUGAACACCACCAUCAAGGACAAGUUCGCCGGCCUGUACAACCGCACGGGCCGAGGCAUACCCGACGUCGCUGCCCAGGCCUGGGUGACCUUCCCCAUCUUCCACCUCGGCCAGGAGCAGCUGAGCGGCGGCACCAGCGCGGCGACACCCACCUGGGCCGCCAUCAUCGCCAACCUCAACUCGGCCCGCCUGUCGCGGGGGCUGAAGCCGCUUGGGUUUCUUAAUCCCUGGCUGUAUAGCAUCGGCCAGAACGCCACCAAGACCAAGGCCCUCACGGACAUCACCCAGGGCUCGUCCCAGGGCUGUGAUGCCGUGACCGACUCCGGACAGGACGCGCCGGAAGUCCCUGGCGCGGGGUGGAAGGCCGUCAAGGGGUGGGACGCGGUCACGGGGCUGGGCACGCCGAAUUUUCCGGCGUUGUUGGAUUUAGCUCUGAAGAUGAAGUAG